CUAGCCUGUUAAGGCAGGGUAUGCUCUUACCCUUGUGGUGCUCAAGGGAAGAGAUAGCAUUGAAGUCUCCCCCAAGAAUCCAGUCAUCUGGGUUGUUGCUGUUGUAGUGGCUGAUUGCCUCCCAUAGUUGUUUCCUCUCCUCUCUUGUGUGUUUUCCAUAGAUCCCUGAGAGUAGGAAAUUUUUGUUGGUUUGUUUGCUAUGGAAGAGAACAUUAAGCAUUUGUCCCAUGUCUGUGUGCUUCUUGUAGGUCAGAUGUUGAUUGUGCCACAUGAUCCAAAUUCUAUUGCUGGAGCUAGAAAUGGAGUUGGAGAAUCCAAGUUCCAGCUGAAAUUUGGUCAGUUUAUCUGGGGAGGCUUUGGGUUCAAUGAUGGUGAGGAUGAUGAUUUUGUGUUUAGUGACCAGGAUGGUAUUAAAGGGGUGGCUGUUGUUGGUGGGGUAGGGAGGUCUUGGAUUUUACUUGUUGAAGAUAGUGACUGUAUUGUGCUUAGGAGGUUGGGAAUAUUCCGGCCAGGAUUCUGGCCUUCCAGCAAGGGGUUUGAUGAUAUGAGAUGGUCUCCCAAAGCUCUCAGUAGUGGUGUCAAGCUUAAUAGGGUUCCCAAAAAUGUGACCAAUUCUGUGCAAGGAGUCAGGCUUGGUCUCCCAAAGAAGAAGGAACCUGCUAAGGCCUUAGAGAAUCUUGAGGCCAGUAGGGUGACUUCUUCCUCUGAAAAGGAGACGCAAGGGAGACCUUUAAGCCGUUCAACUGCUGCUGGAGAUGAAACAUUUUUGGAGGGAAGAUGCUUGGAGAGUGCUGCUGGGGUUGUUGAUGGUGAAGCAGCAGUUGGAAGGCCAUUUGUGCCGAGUAGUGGUAGCCUUGCAGGUUUAACUUCGGAGGAUAAGAGAAAAUUAUCCAUGAAUGCAAAGGCAAUCAAUAUCCUUCAUUGCUCUCUUGGCCCGGACGAAUUUGCAAGAGUCAAUGAAGAUGAAGAAGAAACCCCUUUUCUCAAAUCUAGGGUUAAGAACAAAACCAUAAAUCUUGGAAUUGAAGAAAUUUGUGAAUGUUUUGAUAUUGUUGAUAACCGUGAUGGAUUUGAGACGUAUGAUAGGCAUGGUUGGGGCAUCAAGGGUGAUACUCUAGCUAGUUGUAUUGAUAGGCUACACAAUGGAGUUGAACAUUCCGGAAUUGUUAGGCCUAAAAGAGAAUUUUUGAAUGUUAAUCAACAAAUUCUUUUAAAAAUAUUAAAAGAAUGUCUUUUGCCUACCGGAAGCAAUGACUCCAUUGUUGGUAUGCUUGAGUGUGCCAUUGUGUAUCUCUUGAAAGUAGAAUCCCUUGUUAGGUUCCCUAUGAUGAUGAUGAACCAUAUGUGGGUUCACAAGGGUUAUGGACAACUUCCUUAUGGAAUGGCGUUGACCAAAGUGUUUCGAAGGGCCAAAAUCAAGCUUGAAAAAUACAAAGGAAGGAACUAUGAGUACAAGAAGAUGGAUGCCACAAGUCUUCGACGAUCAAAGAUCUUUCAACACUUUGAUGGAUUUCACACCGAAGCUUCUUACAACCGAAUUUCGGUAGAAAAGAGAAACCGAUGGAGAUGUGAGAACAACUUAAGUAAAUUUGCAAGUUCUUCCUCUUCAAAUCCCCGUCCAAGCGUUGAAGUUCCUCCACGUACUUCUUCCAUGCCUCGCUCCCGUUCUACACAUGCAAAAAUUGAUCCUUCCUUGAAGAAGUACAUGGAUGAGAAGAUAGCCCAAAUGGAGGAAAGCAUCACAAAGAAGCGAAGAAUUGAGCCGCCGAUCAUGCUGUUGUUGAGGAAGGAGAUUCUGUUGAGAGAUGAAGGUAGCCUUCCGGUGGUGCUAUCCAUCUGUGGAUUUUGGGAUAACGAGAGGAUGGUUGAAUGAGCAGAAUUUCUUGCGGGAGCCUCCAGGAUGCGUACUUCUGCAAUUUUUUUGGAGCUCUGCUUAGAAUCCAAGAUUGAAGUUGACCAACACAUUCCUCUAUUAUCUUCCUGUUGCUCCAGAUUGAGUUGUUGUGAAUUCUUCUAUUUCUUUCUUUCCAAAUGUUGAAUAGAAUGAUGCCGGGAAGGAUGCCUUUUAGCCAGUCGAAGAGAUUAUUUGUUUUGAAGUUCGUCCACCAGAGUUGAAGGUAUGCAUUAGUUCUGUGGGUGGUUUGCCAUGGUAUUUUAAAAAUCCAUUCAAAGUAUUUCCAAAUUUCUCUUGAGUAAAUGCACUGAAUUAGU